UGGUUCGUGGUUCCAUGCAGUUUUAUGCACUGGAUUUAGAUGGAUUAAUUGUAUAUUGUAAGUAACCAGCUGCAAUUCAAACGUCGCGAUCGCAAUUGCGAUCAUCUGCGGUUUGUAAUUCAGUUGUACUUACUUGAAGUUAUACAUGGAAGUACGCAAGUGAUCUUUUAUCGUUGUUAAAUUUCAUGUCACAUGUGAAACAUGUCGCGACAUCGAGACGUUCGUUCUAUGAAUUACUCUGAUGAGUAUGAUGGCUAUGAUGAUGUUUAUGGACAUUCAAUGGAGGACGAUUAUUGUGUAUCACCUAGUGUGGAGCAAUUUUUAUUUGAUCGAAGCAAACAACAAAAUAUUGCUUCAUUCAUCACAGAACCUGACAUAGUGGAAGACAAUGAAGAUAUUGAUGAGUCUUCACUAUCAUCCAAUGAAAAAAAAUUCAAUCUUUCUGAAUUGGAAAAGGCAAAAUUAAUAUCUUGUUUGGAAACAAUUAGAAACGUUAUAGGUGACACAGUAUCUGAUUCUAAAUUGAAAGAAAAAAUUAUUCUGUCAAAUUUUGAUGCAAAUAUAGCACUUGAUGCUAUUUUAAAGGAAUCUUCGCCAAAAAAAGUUACUGAUUCUAUGGAGAAUAAGAAACAAUUGGAGCGACAUCCAGGUAGCAAAUUAUCAUCAAAACCUACGUUGCAAGUUACAACACCAUCUACUGUAAAGGUCGUACCGACCGGGACAAAACCUAUUGUGAAAGGUUUUGAUUUAAGUGGUAUAGAAAACACAGAUUUGUUGAGCCCACGUUGUGGAAGUCCGUCUUCCAAUCGGAAUAGUCCUGAGGUUAAACGCAAGGAAGAUAUCAUACAAAAGGAGAAAAGAAUAGUUUCGUCAAAAAUGAAUAGUCCAAGAUGUCAAUCACCAAUAUUGGGUCAUGUAAUACCGGAAUUAGAUACCAAGGUAAAAUCUAAUGCAUCUAAUGAAGAAAAAGUGGAUGUCGAAGCGAUAUACAACAGUAAAAGAGGCGACAGCAAGGAACAGCUUCACUUGGUAGUCGUGGGACAUGUUGAUGCUGGAAAAAGCACAUUACUUGGGCGAUUACUCUGCGAUUUGGGUCAAGUACCACAGAGACUUAUCCAUAAAUAUCAACAAGAGAGCAAAAAAAUAGGAAAACAAUCAUUUGCCUAUGCUUGGGUACUCGACGAAACUGGCGAAGAAAGAGAACGGGGAAUAACAAUGGAUAUAGGCCACUCGAAGUUCGAAACGGACACGAAAUCUAUUACUCUGCUAGAUGCACCUGGCCAUAAGGAUUUUAUUCCGAAUAUGAUAACCGGUGCUACGCAAGCAGAUGUAGCUUUGUUAGUAGUCGAUGCAACCAGAGGCGAGUUUGAAACUGGAUUUGAUAGUGGAGGACAAACACGUGAACAUGCUCUGUUACUACGCUCUUUAGGAGUAUUGCAACUAGCAGUAGUUGUUAACAAACUGGAUACCGUAAAUUGGUCUAAAGAUAGAUUCAAUGAGAUAGUGGACAAAAUGAGUGUGUUCCUAAAGCAAGCUGGCUUCAAAGAUACUGUCACUUUUGUACCUUGCAGCGGUUUAUCUGGAGAGAAUAUUGUAACAAAACCAAAGGAGCAACUCUCUAAUUGGUAUACUGGACCUACUCUAGUUAACGUUAUCAAUAAUUUCAAGUGCCCAGAACGGCCUAUAAAUAAAUCAUUUCGUUUUUCGGUGAACGAUAUAUUUAAGGGUACUGGAUCUGGAUUCUGUGUGUCUGGUCAUGUUGAAACGGGUAUGGUAUCCUUGGGUGACAAGGUUUUGGUAUUACCUCAAAACGAGAUUGCAGUUGUUAAAGGUCUUCAGUCGGAUGAAGUUUCAACAGCAAAUGCGUUUGCUGGUGAUCACGUUGCACUGACAUUGGCGGGAAUCGAGCAGCAAAAUGUGGAUAUCGGCGAUAUUAUCUGUAACCCGCAGAAUCCAGUACCCGUAACGACCUGCUUUCAAGCGCACGUUGUUAUAUUCGCGAUAGCAAAACCAAUCACAAAAGGGCUUCCAGUAGUGAUGCACCAACAAUCAUUGGUACAACCGGCGGUUAUCAUGAAAUUAAUAGUGCAACUUCAUCGAAGUACUGGUAACGUGAUCAAGAAGAAGCCGCGUUGCUUACCUAAGAAUUCUAGUGCGAUCAUCGAGGUCGCAACGCAGACACCAGUUUGCAUGGAGUUAUAUAAGGAUAUUAAACAGCUAGGUAGAAUUAUGUUACGAUUAGAAGGUACUACCAUUGCUGCUGGUUUAAUUACAAAGAUUUUAUAAAUCUGAUAUAAAUGAAGUCUCGAAUAUCGCAAUGCAAUUUAUAUACACAUUAGAAAAAUUUUACUUAAAUCUAAUAUGUGUUGUAUUUGUGCACGUGUGUGUGUGUGUGUGUGUGUGUGUGUGUGUGUGCGCGCGCGUGCGCGUA